UGUACUCUGGCAUGCAGGAGCUCCUGGAGUUGAGGGAGUCAGACGCUGACCGGGACGUCGACCAGCGGGUGUCCAAGGCGGUCGGCGCGUGGUGGCAGUCGCUGCAGGCGCCCGAUGGCGCGGCCAGCGGCAGCGGCGGCGCUGGCAGCGGCGGCGGCGGCGGUGGCGGCUCCUGA